AUGGAGAGGAUGCAACACUUGAAAGGCUCCAUUACAUGCCUAAGCAUGUAUUUGAAUUUAGAGCAAAGAAACAUUAUCUUCGCUGAGACCGUGGUCGAACUUGUUGUUUACAGUUUGGAUGGCCGUCAGCAGGUCUUGACGUAUGAUUUUCCUCCACAAGGGUCCCUAAACGACAUCCUUCAUGAACAGCAAGGCACAGGCUCAAGCACAAACCCAUAUCCGGCUUUAACAUGCCAUCCUAAACUAAAGAUUGAUCACGGGCAAGGCGAUGUUUACAACUUUUGUGUGAUUCUCCUCGAGCUUUUGACAGGUAGUAAAAUACUAGGAGAAGGGGACCUUGUGACAUGGCUGGAUUCGAAAAAGGUACACGAGAUUGUGGAUGCUAGAUUAAAAGGAGAGUACCCGCUCGAGGCAGUUAAGAAGCUGAUGGCUAAAGUUGCUCAAUCGUGCCUUGGAGAUGAAGGAUACUAUCGUCGAAAGAUGGUUAAGGUUGUACAGGAUCUUGAGCUGUGCCUUGGCGAAACCAAAUCAACUGAGACUCAGAUUGCAUCUAAUUAUGCAUGA